UUUGAGGCCUGGUAAAAAGCUACAGCUGUAAACUGUGACAGUGCUCAUAUAGGGGGCUGUUGGGGUUGUCUCACUUUUGGAUGCAGGCUCCAGGGGCCGUUAGGGGAAUUGCAGUUUUUGGCACUUCUGCACAGGUUUCAGUUUUCAGCCCUGGAGGUGCCGCCUGAUAUGAGGCGACACUUUUGUCUUUGUCCUCUCACCGUCUGUGAGAGGUGAGUAUCCACCAUGUGAGUCCCUCCCUCUCCACCAGUCGGUCAGACGUCUGCCCGUCCUCCAGUCUGUUUCGGCUAAAAGGGAGAUUUUCCUUCCUGCUGUGGCCGAGGGCUUGCUCAUUGGGGUUGAGCGGUUGGUGGGAUUUUCUCUGUACUUCGUGGUCUGUGCCUUCACGUGACUGUUGUUGUGAUUUGUUGAUCACAGAGACCUAAAAGACCUGGUGACCUCUAAUUUCCUGCUUCUAAAUCCAGACAGAGGCUGUUGUGCUCGGCCCUAAAACUCUUAGAAACAGCAUCAUCGUGGCCUCCAGUGAAGCUGUGAGGAGCCGUCUUUGAGCAGAAUAUAUCAUUCAGUGUGCACAAACAACCACGUAGGUCUGUGAACUAAGCUGAGAGUCAUUCUAGCUGCACGACUGUGAGUCAGUGUUAUCACACAAGUGCCAUGAAAAGCCUCAAAGCCUCCAGUGAAGCUGAAACGCUGCAGCACGAGUACCAACAGGAAGUAGAAAGAGAGCAUAUCUGUCACAUAUUAGCUCCUCUUCACUGACUCCCUGUUAAAUCCAAGAUUUAAAGUCCUCCUUCUGACAGACGAGGUCUCCAAUAAUCAGCCUCUGUCGUCUCUUAAAAAGCUUGUAGUACAAAGUUAUACUGAUGGAGCACUCCCUCCUCAGACUGCAGCCUUAUUUGUUGUUGCUAGGUAGAAUAGGAGGCAGUGCCUUCAGCUGUCUCUCAGUGGCCCGUCUCCUGUGGACCAGCUCCCAGCUUGGAUUCACAAGACUCCCCAUUUAGUUCUUGUUCUAAUGGAGCUUCUGGAUGUUCACAGGUGUGAUCCAGUGACAUGAUGGAGAGUUUAAAGACGCGGCUCGAGUUCCCCAGCCCCGUCAUACAAGCCCAGACGGUGAGAAGUCUUGUUGCAGCUGUCUUAAAGGAAAAAGGGUCAGAUGGGCAGAUCACCUGGUCCUGUGCUCAGGGCCCAGCACUGGAAGCUUUGUGGCAGCAGUGCUGCAGUGACUGUGCUGUGGUGUGUUCAGCGUGCUGUGACACCUUGGUGUUAUUGGUGGACCAGGGCCAUGCAGACCUGGACUACAUCCUCAGUGGUGUCCUCAACCUCCUGCCUUCUGCAAGGUAUGCAACACGCAGUUAUUGGACGCCACGAUCCUGCCUCAGAAAGCUCAGCUGUUUGUCAAUGAGUCUGACAGAGGCUCUGUAACCUGCAUCCAUGCAGCGUUACAGCCGCUGCACAAAGGCACAACAUGAAAGACGGACCUCAGCAGGACGAGGUUGUGUAUCAGCAGGACAAAGAAGGCUCUCUUUAGCAUGACAAUGCUAACACUGGGAACUGAGAAGAGGCAUGAAGAAGGCCGUGUUUGUCCACUGUUACAAAUUCAGUCUUUAAAUCCCUUCAAAGGCCCACUCACACCUCGCCUCAGGUGACCUCAAAGGUCACAUGAUGGGUCGCAGUGAGGUCUCAUAGUGGUUUAACCCUUAACCCUUGGUGUUGACAAUGACCUACGCUUUUGUUUAUAGUCAUGUGACGACGCACAUGACAAAUAGCUCGAUGACCAUCUCCAAGGAGGGCAACGCCCUGUAGGGUUUGAGUAUGUGGGUCUCUCCACCUUGUAUAAGAAGGAAACAUCUUUAAAACUUAAUCAAGUCCAGUCGCCUUCUUUUCCAGCUACCAGUGUGUAACACGGAGUCAAUGCUUCCAGUGCAGGAGCCCGACUGACAGUCUACAAACUGAGUUAGACACAUGGAGGUCACAGCUUAGUCUGUGCUGAGGAUAAAUCCACGAUGUCAUUGCUCUCCAUCAGGGCUCAUGAAGUAAAGAAAAUAGCUUUGGAACAUGAAAAUGUUAAAGGUCACUGUUCCACAGUUCAGACCUGGAUGCUCUCUAAUCUGGACGCUGACCUCGUGGUGCAGCAUAAUGUAACUAUUUGAAAACAUUUGAAGCAAAGAAAACGCUCAGACUGUUAGUUUUUUCAGUUAUUCUGACUCUGAUAUCCAACAGACACACUCAAGGGUUGAUAAAAGUCAU